AUGAAUCGGUCAAGUGGCUACGCUUUUAGCCUCUUCCUACUGUCCAUUAUCAGCCUCUACACCGCCGGGGUUCUAUCGGCGGUUUCAGAUGGAAACAGCACAGAAAACGGCACGGUGGCAGAUGGUGGAUUUGUCCCCCUGGUGUACUCGAAAGUAAGCCAGAUCAUCGCCCGCGAGGGCAACUGCGCUCUGAUUGAUUGCAACGUCACUGGAGAGCCUGUCCCGAAUAUACAGUGGUUCAACUCGCAUGGAAACCUGCUAGACACGGAGACAAGUAAGUCAAGUUAAUUGAAUGUACAGUUGUCAAUAAUAUCCCCGAUGUGGCUUUAGCCAACGAAUCAGCAGCUCUCAACACCAACUUGAACUGCCAGUGUCAGGGUUAAGGCAAUACCAUUCAAGUUCUCUUUCAAUAAUAAGGCAUUAUGAAAUAAAUUGUGUGAAAAUGCAGACAGGCUGUUGCAGAGGAUGACAGGCAUUAACACAAACUGUCACUGUCAUGAAAAAAAGAGCUAGAAUUAUGAUUUAUAGUUAAAAUAGCCUCAAUCCCCGUAAAUCACUGACUAAAUCCCUCUGUAUUUAAGUUUUUGUGUGGCCAAACAGCAGCAUUUGUAGACUACAGUCAAAUAUAUUUGUGUGCUGUGAACAAUGGAGAGAUGGACAGACUGAGGAGGAGGUAGAGUGAGGGAGAACAGAGAGAGAGAGAGAGAGAGAGGGGGGGGGGGGAUUUCAAAUGAAGGUCACAUUGAGUAGUUGCAUUAUGACAGACUAAGAUGACAGUGAUGUAUGAUGACUAUAUAAAAAAGGGGGAUUAUUUGCUGCGAUUAUGCAAUGCCAACCCAGCAGAUUAAAAAAUGAACAUAAUCAUACACCAAAGCCAUGAUGAUGAUGAUGAUAUGAUGACAACAAACCAAACAAGCUGGCCUGUCGGCUCUUUUUCCAAAACAUUAAGAGUUAAAAAGUCACGGCCACUACUUAACUUCAGAUACUUGAUAAAUGACAUAUUAUUGCUGCCAUUGAAUAGGAUACUAUUGUCAUAGAUUACAACUGAAAGAGAGAACAAUCUACUGUAGCCUAUAUGGAGGCAGAUUGGUGGUCACGCCCACAACCUAACUGUUUGUAGAUAUUUAAUAGUGUCCAGCUGAAUCUAGGUCAUAAGACAAGGAGGUUGUUAUUAAAUAUGAAUGGCAUUGGAUAGGAUACAAACAGGUAGGAUACAACAGGAUACUAACAGGUAGGAUACUAGUAGGAUACAGUAGGAUACUAACAGAUAGGAUACUAACAGGUAAUACUAAUAAGAUACAGGUAAGAUACUAACAGGUAGGAUGACUAAAGUAGGAAACUAACAGGUAGAUGGUAUAGACUAACAGGUAGGAUAGGUAAUAUGAUAAUAACAGGAUAGGAUAGGAACUAAUAGGAUACUAACAGGUAGGAGUAAUAGGAUACUAACAGGUAGGAUGGUAAUAGGAUACUAACAGGUAGGAGACUAAUAGGAUACUAACAGGUAGGAUAGUAAUAGGAUACUAACAGGUAGGAGACUAAUAGGAUACUAACAGGUAGGAGACUAAUAGGAUACUAACAGGUAGGAGACUAAUAGGAUACUAACAGGUAGGAGACUAAUAGGAUACUAACAGGUAGGAUGGUAAUAGGAUACUAACAGGUAGGAAAGAUACAGGUAGAUAAUAAAGGAGGAUACUAAUGGAACUAACAGGUAGGAUGUAAUAGGAUACUAACAGGUAGGAUGUAAUAGGAUACUAACAGGUAGGAGGUAUAGGAUACUAACAGGUAGGAGUAAUAGGAUACUAACAGGUAGGAUGUAAUAGGAUACUAACAGGUAUGGAUGACGUUAAUAGGAUACUAACAGGUAGGAGAUAAUAGGAUACUAACAGGUAGGAUACUAAUAGGAUACUAACAGGUAGGAUGGUAAUAGGAUACUAACAGGUAGGAUGAGUAAUAGGAUACUAACAGGUAGGAUAUGGAUAUAAUAGGAUACUAAACAGGUAGGAUGGUAAUAGGAUACUAACAUGGUAGGAUGGUAAUAGGAUACUAACAGGUAGGAUGUAAUAGGAUACUACAGGUAGGUAUAAGUAUAGGAUACUAACAGGUAGGAAAUGGUAAUAGGAUAAUCUAACAGUAGGAUGGUAUAGGAUAUAACAGUAGGAUGGUAAUAGGAUACUAACAGGUAGGAGACUAAUAGGAUACUAACAGGGUAGGAUAGUAAUAGGAUACUAACAGGUAGGAUGGUAAUAGGAAUAGCAUAACAGGUAGGAUGGUAAUAGGAUACUAACAGGUAGGAUGUAAUAGGAUACUAACAGGUAGGAUAGUAAUAGGAUACUAACAGGUAGGAUAGUAAUAGGAUACUAACAGGUAGGAUAUAGUAGUAAUAGGAUACUAACAGUAGGAUGGUAAUAGGAUACUAACAGAGGUAGAACUAAUAGGAUACUAACAGGUAGGAUAGUAAUAGGAUACUAACAGGUAGGAUAGUAAUAGGAUACUAACAGGUAGGAUAGUAAUAGGAUACUAACAUGUAGGAUGGUAAUAGGAUACAAACAGGUAGGAUGGUAAUAGGAUACUAACAGGUAGGAUGGUAAUAGGAUACUAACAGGUAGGAUGGUAAUAGGAUACUAACAGGUAGGAUGGUAAUAGGAUACUAACAGGUAGGAUGGUAAUAGGAUACAACAGGUAGGAUGUAAUAGGAUACUAAACAGUAGGAUGGUAAUAGGAUACUAACAGGUAGAUGGUAUAGGAUACUACAGGUAGGAUAGUAAUAGGAUACUAACAGGUAGGAUAGUAAUAGGAUACUAACAUGUAGGAUGGUAAUAGGAUACAAACAGGUAGGAUGGUAAUAGGAUACAAACAGGUAGGAUGGUAAUAGGAUACUAACAGGUAGGAUGGUAAUAGGAUACUAACAGGUAGGAUGGUAAUAGGAUACUAACAGGUAGGAAACUAAUAGGAUACUAACAGGUAGGAUGGUAAUAGGAUACUAACAGGUAGGAUGGUAAUAGGAUACUAACAGGUAGGAUGGUAAUAGGAUACUAACAGGUAGGAUGGUAAUAGGAUACUAACAGGUAGGAUGGUAAUAGGAUACUAACAGGUAGGAUGGUAAUAGGAUACUAACAGGUAGGAUUGGUAAUAGGAUACUAACAGGUAGGAUGGUAAUAGGAUACUAACAGGUAGGAUGGUAAUAGGAUACUAACAGGUAGGAUGGUAAUAGGAUACUAACAGGUAGAAUGGUAAUAGGAUAUUAACAGGUAGGAUGGUAAUAUGAUACUAACAGGUAGGUUACUAAUAGGAUACUAACAGGUAGGAUGGUAAUAGGAUACUAACAGGUAGGAUGGUAAUAGGAUACUAACAGGUAGGAUUGUAAUAGGAUACUAACAGGUAGGAUGGUAAUAGGAUACUAACAGGUAGGAUGGUAAUAGGAUACUAACAGGUAGGAUGGUAAUAGGAUACUAACCAGGUAGGAUGGUAAUAGGAUACUACCAGGUAGGAUACUACCAGGUAGGAUACUAACAGGUAGGAUACUAACAAGCAGGAUACUAAUAGGAUACUUUCUCUCAUUCAGUCCUAAUCUAUCUACUAUAUGUGGAGGCAGAUUGGAAAGAGAAGGGGGGAGAGGAGAUUUGGGGAGGGAGGGGGGGGGGGGAAGAGAAAGAAAAAGGAGUUGCAGAAAAGAUGUAGCGAUACUACUGUAGAUAGAAAAGAUGUUCCAGAUAAAUAGUCGGCUACAAUAAUGAAGAAUCUAAGCUCUUAACCGUGUGAGUCACCUGCUAUAAAACAGGAAUGCUAAAUCAACAUUGUGGGUUCCAUUUUGAACAGACCUGUUGGAACUUGCUCUUGCGCAACAACCAUCAUUGAACCACUGCGACUAGGGCCUGUUACCUGUAGCAUGCAAACAACAUGAAUACAUUUUUCAAUGUUUAGAUUGAUGUUUGUUGUGAUCAUAGCUGGGGCGGUUUUGUUCAUGGUUGACGGUGAGCCAGUCAGUAGAAGACUUCAUGUUCCACAAGGCUCUGUUAAAGACCUGUUAUGACAUGUAUAACAGUUGUUUCUUCCCUGUUGCUCAUGACUUUUCUUUUCUUUUCUAGCUUUUGCCACUUGUUUUUUAGGGAGCUUUUGCUUUCCACACACUGACACACUUUCAAAGCAAGCCUUGAAACACUUCACAUGGGGGUAGGGGUGUAUACAUUUAGCAGUCUCUCGCUACAUUUCCUUUACGCAUUCAGCUUUUCUAGAGACAUGACAGACAGGCUGGAGGCUUGAUGGAUAAAGUGUGUGUGCGUGUGGAAAACGAAGGUGUGAGCACUAGUCUUUUCAUUCUGUCUUAAAACGAACACUACUCGGCCUCCAAAAUCUGUUUCAUGCUCUCUCUCAUUCUUCGAUAGUCUCUCUCUCUGAGUCACCCACCCACUCAGGAUGAGCUGUCAGAAUCUGGAGAGCGAGAGACGUGAAGUCAUCCAUCCAUCCACAGUCUCACCACAUGCCUACGUACGUUGAUGUUAUAAGGCAAUGGCAGAUGAUGCCACUUCAUGCAGUGAUAGGAGAAUAGUGGUCAAUGUAGACCAUGGUGAAAUAUAGCCUGGAGGACAUUUUAUACUGAACAAAAAUAUAAACACAACAUUUAAAGUGUUGGUCCCAUGUUUCAUGGGCUGAAAUAAAAGGCCCCAGAAAUGUCCCAUACACACAAAAAGCAUAUUUCUCUCAAGUUUUGUGCACAAAUUUGUUUACAUCCAUGUUAGUGAGCAUUUCUCCUUUGCCAAGAUAAUCCAUCCACCUGACAGGUGUGGCAUAUCAAGAAGCUGAUUAAACAGCAUGAUCAUUAUACAGGUGAACCUUGUGCUGGGGACAAUAAAAGUCCACACAAAUGUGCAGUUUUGUCACACAACACAAUGCCACAGAUGUCUCAAGUUUUGAGGGAGCGUGUAAUUGGCAUGCUGACUGCAGGAAUGUCCACCAGAGCUGCUGCCAGAGAAUUGAAUGUUUCUUUCUCUACCAUAAGCCACCUCCAACGUAGUUUUAGAGAAUUUGGCAGUACAUUCAACCAGCCUCAGAACCGCAGACCACGUUUAACCAUGCCAGCCCAGGACCUCCACAUCUGGCUUUUCACCUGCGGGAUCGUCUGAGACCUGCCACCCGGACAGCUGAUGAAGCUGAGGAGUAUUUAUUUCUUUAAUGAAGCCCAUUUGUGGGGAAAAACAUAUUCUGAUUGGCUGCGCCAUGAUUUCCUUAUAUGAACUGUAACUCAGUAAAAUUGUUGCAUGUGGCAUUAAUAAUUUUGUUCAGUAUAUUUUGCCUUGAUAGGUAUAACAAAAGAGCUUCUUAAUAAAUUGGAUAUUAUACCAAGAUUAGUUGUAGCAGUAGUAGUAGUAGUAGUAUCCUAGUAGAGGAAGACGAACCAAUUUCGACAGUCAACAGAUGUUUGUAACAUGCUGUAAUGUUUGGCUGGCUACUUCCUUGGUUCUACAUUUACAUGAGAGCUUAUUUGUUUGUGUUCUGCUCCAGGCGUUUGUCUCCCAGUUCACCAACAAGCACCACUUGGUAUUUUUCCAGACAGAUUGCAGCCUCCCUCAGCCCCACUCUCUAUUUAAACAUCCCAAAUGUCACCCUAUCCUCUAUUCACCUUGUCAUCCCCAGGUCCAAGCUCCAGAGCUUCGGCAACAGGGCCUUCUCCAGGGUUGCUCCUAGGCUCUAGAACUCCCUCCCUCCAGCCCUCCGUGACUCGGCAUUCAUCACUAUCUUUCAGUCCCUCCUAAAGCCCCACCUCUUUGACAAGGCCUACUCUUUCCCUUCUUUGAGCCCAACCAUCUCUUUAUUCAUGUUUUGUUUAGUCUGAUGUUUUGUUUUGACUCCUGUUCUUUCUUUUUAAUUUCUAUCAUUGUAAAGCGACUUUGGGUCCUUGAAAAGCGCUAUAGAAGUCCCAUGUAUUAUUAUUUAGUGCACUACUUUUAACCAGACCCCUAUGGGCCCUGAUCAAAAGUAGUGCACUAAAUAGGGAAUAGGGUGCCAUUUGGGACGAAUAAAUUGAAUAAACAAGGAACAAAAUGCAUCAUCUGUGACACUUUCUGUAUUUUGAAAGUUCUAUAUCUUGAAAACUUGAUUGCUGACAUGCAAAAUAUUUUUGGACUGUAUCAACAGUGGACUAAUGAAACAAAGAUGAUUUCUCAGUAACUAAUAAAAGAGGAAGACUGGUCCACUUCAGGGGGGGGUCCAGGAUUCAAAUCCAAUCCAAAGUAUAUUUUAAAAUACCUGGUUGCUGGAUUGCAGCCUCGAGGACAGUCCUUCAGUUGGAAUAAUAUUAUCACUCAAUAAUAUAAAUUAUGCAACCUACUUAGUGGAUUAAUGAAUUGUUGUUUGUUGCAAUAAAUUAAUAUAGGCCUAGAUUAUGAGUGAUAUUGAAUGAAUCGAGCAGUGCAAACCGAAAGGCCUUCUCAGAAAGCCUAGCUAUAAAAAGCUGUUGCAUGUGACUGUCUUGACAAACUAGCAGAGACCUUCCCCCUGGCCUAGCAUAGCCUGGCCUGGCCUAGCUGCUGUCUUUGCAACCAGGAAAUGCAUAUUACACUGACCUUGAAUCACAAGAGGUUGGAGGCACCUUAAUUGGGAGAACGGCCUCGUGUUAAUGACUGUAGCGGAAUCAGUGGAAUGGUAUCAAACACAUGGUUUCCAGGUGUUUGAUGCCAUUCCAUUUGCGCCGUUCUGGCCAUUAUUAUGAGCUGUUCUCCCAUCAGCAGCCUCCUGUGCCUUGAUUGAUCCAUAGAAAUAGAAUUCCUAGAAGGGAUAUAGCCCAUUCCUUGAAGGAAAAUAGAUCCUGUUUCUAUGGUAUGAUAUUUCUUUCUGUAGCAAUGUAUCAUGAGAUUUUCUAGUUAAGUCCUUUACCAUUGUUAAUGUGGAUCAGGGCUCUCCAACCCUGGUCCCGGAGCGCUACCAUCCUGUAGGUUUUCACUCCAACCCUAAUCUAGCGCACCUUAUUCGAAAAAUAAGAUGGAUGAUAAGAUGAAUGUGAAAAACAUACAGUUGGUUUCAGUGAAGUUUGGUUUUAAAUGGUGGGGACCGAUUUUUAAAGCUACACUCUUCUAAAUGACUCUCUCUGUCUGUCUCUCUCUCCUCCGAAGGUGACAAGUGGUUGCUGACAGACGAUGGCAUCCUCAACAUCACAGAGAUCACGUUCGCCGACCGCGGCAAGUACACGUGCAUGGCGUCCAACGUGCACGGCAGCGCCAACUGCACGGUGACCAUGCGCGUGGUCCUGCACAGCGGGGACCUGGGGGCCUACUACGUGGUCGUGUGCCUCGUCACCUUCACCAUCAUCAUGAUCCUCAACAUCACGCGCCUCUGCAUGAUGAGCAGCCACCUGAAGAAGACGGAGAAGGCCAUCAAUGACUUCUUCCGCACUGAGGGCGCCGAGAAGGUUUGUGUCGUGAUUUACUAUACUUGUGAGGACCGUACAUAGGUAGUAACUUUGUUUGUGUAACUGUUGUACUGUUUUGAUAGUACAUGAGCUAUAGGUGAUUUUUAAAAUCGAAAAAAAUUCCAUUAAUGAUAAUUAAAUGUCCAAUAAAUGACAUUCCAAUCUGUUCUAUUCUUAAGCUCCAGAAGGCGUUUGAAAUCGCCAAGCGUAUCCCCAUCAUCACAUCAGCCAAGACCCUGGAGCUGGCCAAGGUGACCCAGUUCAAGACCAUGGAGUUUGCCCGCUACAUCGAGGAGCUGGCCCGCAGCAUCCCGCUGCCCCCGCUCAUCAUGAACUGCCGCACCUUCAUGGAGGAGAUCUUGGAAGUGGUGGGGGUUGAGGAGAUGAGGCACACGUUCCUCCGCCAGGCCCCAGAGGGGCACCACCUGGACGGGGCAUUGGGAUGCCGGGCGGCCCUGGUGCAGGGGGCCCUGGUCGGGGUGGGGCCCGGCGACGUCUUCACCAUCCUCCGGGAGAGAGAUAGGGAGCGUGAGAGGGAGCGUUCCGGAUCCCCUGCAGCGGAUUCUGACGAUGCGUCGUUGCAUGAGCAGCCUCAGCACAUCGCCAUCCAGGUGUCCAUCCACCCCCCGCUGCCCAUGGAGGCCCCGGCUCUAGCCGAGGCCACGCCCUCAUCUCCUCCGCCAUUGGCUCCCCUGCACCUAGAGGAGGAGGAGGAGCAAGAGGAGCAGGGUUCCGAGCCGGAGCAGGAGCCAGUGGAGGAGGCGGAGUUGGGGGUGGAGGCGGAGGCAGAGGUUACUACUAAGCUACAGCCUGGUCAGGUGAUUUACGAAAGCUAUGUGUAA